AUGUCUUUCCAUUUCGAAAGUUGCAACAACCACAACCUCCAUCUCACUGUGCCCACAGUGCGGAGCAUCCCCAAAAUGACUCUGCAGAUUGAGGCGGACACUAGCGUGACCUUGCAAAUCGAACAAACCGGCCAUGCAAUCCACCUGUCAUUUAUAAAUGGUUUGGGUGUGGUCGCAACAAGCCAAGCUGCUGGUCCUGAAGCCACUGACAUCGUAACCUCCACUGCCAAUGUUGCAGCCGCCAUCACCACCACCGAUGUCGUAACAUCCACCGCCAACUCUACCUGCAGAGAUGAUGAAGACACCACUGCCAGCUAUGCUACUAUCGAUGUCGUAGCUUCCGCUGCUAAUACUGCCACCACCGACGUCUUAACUGCCGCUUCCACGACCACUAGUACUGAAGUCGCCAGAACUGAUGUCGUAACAUCUGCCGCCAAUACUGUCGCCUGCACCAAUGGUGAAGUCGGCACUACCAUUAGCGCCGCCACAACUUUUGCCGUUAAUACUGCUACCACCGACAUCGUGACCGCCGCUUCCACCGCUACCACCACUAGCACUGAAGUCGCCGCUACUGAGGUUGUAACUGCCGCUUCCACGACUACCAGCAGCGCUGAAGUCACCGCCACCAACACUGUAACGUCCGCCGUCAAUGCUGCAGCCUGCACCAAUACUGAAGCCGCUGCUACCAAUGGUGCCACCAUCGAGGUCCUAAGCUCCGCUGCUAAUACGGCCACCAGCAGUGCUCAAGUCACCUCCACCAAUAUCACAGCCUGCACCAAUGCUGAAGCCACCGCUACCAAAGGCGCCACUACCAACGUCGCAACCGCCGCUUCUAUGACCACCGCUGAAGUCGCCACCACCGACGUUGUAACAUCUGCCGCCAAUGCUGCAGCCUACACCGACACGGAAGCCAGCACUAUCACUGAUACCACUACUGCCUCUACUGCCAAUAUUGCCACCACCGGCAUUGUAACUGCCGCUUCCGCAAAUGCUAGCAGCGCUGGAAUCGCUGCCACCAACACUGUAAUAUCCGCCAUCGAUGCUGCAACCUGCACUGAUACUGAAGCCGCUGCUACUGAUGUCGCCACCAUCGAGGUCCUAAGCUCCGCUGCUAAUACGGCCACCAGCAGCACUCAAGUUACCUCCACCAAUAUUACAGCCUGCACCAAUGCUGAAGCCACCGCUACCGAAGGCACCACUACCAAUGUCGUAACCACCGCUUCUACGACCACAACCACCGCUGAAGUCCUCACCACCGACAUUGCGACAUCUGCUGCCAAUGCCGCGGCCUACAUCAACACGGAAACCGACACUAUCACUGAUGCCACUGAAACCUCUGCCGCUUCUGCCACCACCGACAUUGUAACUGCUGCUUCCACGACUGCCAGCAGCACUGAAGUCGCCGCCACCAACAUUGUAACAUCGGCCAUCAGCGCUGCAGCCAGCACCAAUACUGAAGCCGUCGCUACCAACGGUGCCAUCAUCGAUGGCAAAACCUCCGCUGCGAAUGUUGCCAUCAUUAACGUCGCAACUGCCCCUUCCGCGACCGCCAGCAGUGCUGAAGUCGCCACCGCCGACGUUGUAACAUCUACCGCCAAUACUACAACAGCCUACACCAAUGCUGAAGCGGUGACCUUCACUGCCAAUAGCACCACCACCAGUGCUGAAGUCGCUACCACCGACAUUGUAGCAUCUGCCGCCAAUGCUGAAGUCGUUGUCGUCAAUGGUACCACUACCGACGUCGUAACCACCACUUCCACCAUCGCUGAAGCCGCCACCACCAACGUGAUAACAUCCACUGUGAAUGCUGCAGCUAGCACCAUUGCUGAAGCCGUCAUUACCAAUGGUGUCACCACCGACGUCUUAACCACUGCUUCUGCGAGCAGCAGUAGCGCUGCCACCACUGAUAUUGUAGCAUCUACUGCCGAUGUUGAAACUGUCACUAUCAACAGCGCCACCAUUGAUGUCGUAUCAUCCGCCGCCAACGCUAAUCCCGGGGGGUUUUGGCAAGUCUACUUGAAUCGCUCUGUAAACAUAUGA